UAUAGACCAUAUGUCACAUGACUUGAUGGUGUUCUGCAUUCCGUCUGGCACCAUAUUUCUGGCAUUUGCCCCUUCAAAACACACAACUGACUGAGUUGGCUUCAAAGUGGGAAAUGCUGCUGAUGUUUUUUUCACAAAUUGGUUUUCCUGGCAUUUCAAAGAAGUGCCACAUGUAUCUUUCUGGAAUCUUUCUGUCAAAAACCAAAUGAUUGAACAUCAAGGCAUCGUGGUAGACAAGUCCUGCCACUUCUUCCACCAACGGUUUGCAGGUGAUUUUUCCAAGACUUCAAAGGUAAUAAUGGCAACAGCUCUUGAAAAAAUUGGUCGACAUCUUGAAUGUGAUAUCUGUCAAGAAAGAUACAAACGGCCAAAGGUCCUAGACUGCCUCCACAAUUUCUGUCAGAAAUGUCUCGAGGAGUAUUACAACAGCAGAUUCAAAGAUGCUCCAAAGAUUCCAUGUCCUAAAUGCCGCAAGGAGACACUGCUUCCUCAGACUUGCAUUCAAGAUCUGAAAACAAAUUUCCAUUUGAUGGGAAUCGUCGAAGAGGUCUCUGAGCAGGAAAAGUUGGACCGUUCACAGGAGAACAAAUGCCCCAAACACCAAGGGGACAGGAAACGGUUCUACUGUGAGACAUGUCAAGAGUUAAUCUGCAGUAGCUGUGCGGUGUUAGACCACUGUAAACCACAACAUCACUACAUUGACAUCGGAGAGGCUUCUCUCAAAUACAAACAUUCACUGAUAGAUAUGAUUUCAGAUUUCAGAGCAGAUAUAAAACAACUUGAACAAUCUUUGGCUGCUUCAUCUCAAGUUAAGCAAAAGUUAACAACAAAUGUCAUAAAGACUGUGAAAGCUGUGCAGACCACGGCAAGUAAAAUGAGAGCUGAGAUAAGAACUCAAGAGAAAAAGUUGAUAGAUGAAAUUCAACGAAUUCAGCAAGAUUGCUACAGAAUGUUCAAUGAGCAUCAGAAAACAGUGACCACAAUGCUUCAAGGAAAACAACAUUCACUGGCAAUGGCCAAAGAUUUCAUCAAUACCACAUCGGAGAAUUACUUUCUGUCCCUCUAUCCUGCCAUCAGCGAAGACUUGGAAUCACUGAGGAGUCCACAUCCUCCACAGAUUGAUCCCAAGCUUUCAUAUCUAAGAUUCUCUCAAGGUCAGAGGACUGAUGAAAUCAACUUGGGUAAGCUGGAGGUAAAAGCAGACAAGUGGGAGACGUGCCAUGAAUUUGGGAAAGCAGGAAUUGGUUGGUUUUUUAGUCAAGAAAAGCUCAGUAUGCUUCAAGGCAUUGCCGAGACUCAACCUGGUGAAAUUGCUGUGGCAGAAUGGAGUAACAAGCGAGUGGUAAUCUGCAGCAAUGAGGGACAACACAAGGAAAACAUUCCUCUACAAUCACCUCCACGUGACAUCACAGCUAUCCACAAUCAUGACAAUCAGUUGGUGGUUGUAGAUGACACCAAGUAUGUCAAGGUGUUCGAUAAGAAGAACAAGCUGGCCUUCCAGUUCCCCACAGUGCCACAGAGUGAGGUUGACAAGCCAGAUGUGGACCUCCACAGUGUAGCAGUCAGGAAGGACGGCACCAUCCUAGUGGGUGAUGUCAAGAGGAUGGUGUGGACGGAGCAUAGACCUACUGAUGGUCAGCUCCUAAACACCAUACCAGUGCAGACUCCACCGUACUUCCUGGCUGUUGAUGACUACACUGACAGUAUUGUGGUCAGUGGAGAUGACAAACAGAGAGUGAAUGUCAUUACUAGCGAUGGUACAACACUGUCCACAAUCUUACCGACCAUCAAUGGACAGCUGGUGAAUAACUGCAGUGCUCUUUGCUGUGACCACUCAAACAUUUAUGUUGCAGUGUACAACGAGAUUGGCACAGGUCACAUUCACCACUAUGACCUGGAUGGUGUUUUUCUUGCUUGCCUGGCUCAGGAUCUAUUGCUCCCACAAGGAAUUACGUUCACAUCAGGGGGGCAACUGGCCUUGGCUGACUGGAAGUCAGUCAAGAAGUAUCACAAGGUGUGAUGUCAUCCAGUGUGACACUGACUAGCAACCCCCUUCGUCAUCAGAAUCCCAAGAGCAAAUGUUGAUGAUGAAAUUGUUUUUUACUACCACGUAAAUAAACCUUCAUGCCCCAUCUUUCCAAAUCGCACACAUCGCAAACAUCAACAUCAUUAAUUUCUUCUCGUACUCUCUCUCUAAGAUGGUGAUAUUCUGUGAUUGUGCAUUUUUCAAAAUUACAGUUUUGUGUUCACUUCUUUCACUAAACAGAGACUUUGAAACACUUUGCAAACUGUUUCAUCCUCAUUUUUAAAAUGUAACCUUCUUACAAUCUGAAGGACUACUCACAUUAAAAUAACUGCAUAAGAAGUGUUUUAUAAUUGAUUGAAAUGUAUUUACUCGGACACUUGUUCACUUUUUUGCUGUUUGCAUGUGGUACAUGUAACU